ACACACACACACACACACACCAGAGUGAAAAAGGCGAGCCACCAAAACCCAUCUCCAGUCUCCUCCCGGCGGCCCCCCCGGCCCGCCACUGUGCCACUUUGCAUCCCACGCCGGAGGAGACAUUAAGGAGCUCGGGUAAGGCCUUUUAAUCAGUUUCUGGUACAAAGACACACUGCAAGAGGGUUAUUAGACAUCUUGGACAAGCCUCCCACAUGUGGCAGGUUCACACAAGGACAAGACAUCACAAAAAUACAUCCGGGCAAAGUGUUCCCACGUGAUUCACCUGACCACUUGUAGGUGCUGUGCUGGCCACUGAUGACCCGAAGAUGAUGAAAAAUAUGUUUCUGCUCACAAGGAGUUAGCGAUCCACUGGGGAUUCCUCUUGCUGAUGACAUGAUUCCUGUUUGAGUCUGUUUACAAGAUUCUGAAAGCUGAAGAGGGAAUUGUAGUACGGCACUGGCAUUAAAAGACGUAGAUAAUAUCAAGAACAGAAGGAGUGGGAGAGAUUGGACUGGGAAGCUGACCAGGAUGUCUUCCAAGCGACCAGCCUCUCCGUAUGGGGAAGCAGAUGGAGAGGUAGCCAUGGUGACAAGCAGACAGAAAGUGGAAGAAGAGGAGAGUGAUGGGCUCCCAGCCUUUCACCUUCCCUUGCAUGUGAGUUUUCCCAACAAGCCUCACUCUGAGGAAUUUCAGCCAGUUUCUCUGCUGACGCCAGAGACUUGUGGCCAUAGGACUCCCACUUCUCAGCACAAUACAAUGGAAGUUGACGGCAAUAAAGUUAUGUCUUCAUUUGCCUCACACAACUCAUCUACCUCACCUCAGAAGGCAGAAGAAGGUGGGCGACAAACUGGCGAGUCCUUGUCCAGCACGGCCCUGGGAACCCCCGAACGUCGGAAGGGCAGCUUAGCUGAUGUUGUGGACACCCUGAAGCAGAGGAAAAUGGAAGAGCUCAUCAAAAACGAGCCAGAAGAAACCCCCAGCAUUGAAAAGCUACUCUCAAAGGACUGGAAAGACAAGCUUCUUGCAAUGGGAUCAGGGAACUUUGGCGAAAUAAAAGGGACUCCUGAAAGCCUAGCUGAGAAAGAGAGGCAGCUCAUGGGUAUGAUCAACCAGCUGACCAGUCUGCGGGAGCAGCUCCUGGCUGCACACGAUGAGCAGAAGAAACUGGCUGCGUCUCAGAUUGAGAAACAGCGCCAGCAAAUGGAGCUGGCCAAGCAGCAACAAGAGCAGAUUGCAAGACAACAGCAGCAGCUUCUGCAGCAGCAACACAAAAUCAAUUUGCUUCAGCAACAGAUCCAGCAGGUUCAAGGUCAGCUGCCGCCUUUAAUGAUUCCCGUAUUCCCUCCUGAUCAACGGACGCUGGCUGCAGCUGCCCAGCAAGGAUUCCUCCUUCCUCCUGGCUUCAGCUAUAAGGCUGGAUGCAGUGACCCUUACCCUGUUCAGCUGAUCCCAACUACCAUGGCAGCUGCUGCUGCAGCAACACCAGGCUUAGGUCCACUCCAACUGCAGCAGUUAUAUGCUGCCCAGCUAGCUGCAAUGCAGGUAUCUCCAGGAGGGAAGCUCCCAGGCAUACCCCAAGGCAACCUUGGUGCUGCUGUAUCUCCUACCAGCAUUCACACAGACAAGAGCACAAACAGCCCACCACCCAAAAGCAAGGAUGAAGUGGCACAGCCACUGAACCUAUCAGCUAAACCCAAGACCUCUGAUGGCAAAUCACCCACAUCACCCACCUCUCCCCAUAUGCCAGUUCUGAGAAUAAACAGUGGGGCAGGCCCCCUCAAAGCCUCUGUCCCAGCAACGUUAGCUAGUCCUUCGGCCAGAGUUAGCACAAUAGGUUAUUUAAAUGAUCACGAUGCUGUCAGCAAGGCAAUCCAGGAAGCUCGACAGAUGAAGGAGCAACUUCGGCGGGAGCAACAGGUUCUUGAUGGGAAGGUGGCUGUUGUGAAUAGUCUAAGUCUCAAUAACUGCCGGACAGAAAAGGAGAAAACAACACUGGAAAGUCUGACUCAGCAACUGGCAGUGAAACAGAACGAAGAAGGGAAAUUUAGCCAUGCAAUGAUGGAUUUCAAUCUGAGUGGAGAUUCUGACGGAAGUGCUGGAGUUUCCGAGUCAAGAAUUUAUAGGGAAUCCAGGGGGCGUGGUAGCAAUGAACCCCACAUAAAACGUCCAAUGAAUGCUUUCAUGGUGUGGGCUAAAGAUGAACGGAGGAAAAUCCUUCAAGCCUUUCCUGACAUGCACAACUCCAACAUCAGCAAGAUACUGGGGUCUCGCUGGAAAGCCAUGACAAACCUCGAGAAACAGCCAUAUUACGAGGAGCAAGCCCGCCUCAGCAAGCAGCACCUGGAAAAAUACCCCGACUACAAGUACAAGCCCAGGCCGAAGCGCACCUGCCUGGUGGACGGUAAAAAGCUGCGCAUCGGGGAGUACAAGGCGAUCAUGCGGAACCGGCGGCAGGAAAUGCGGCAGUACUUCAACGUGGGGCAGCAAGCACAGAUCCCCAUCGCCGCUGCUGGCGUCGUGUACCCCGGAGCCAUCGCCGUGGCUGGGAUGGCCUCGCCGCACCUGCCUUCCGAACACUCGAGUGUGUCCAGCAGCCCGGAGCCCGGGAUGCCCGUCACGCAGGGCUCUUACGGCGUGAAAGGAGGGGAGGAGCCGCACAUCAAGGAAGAGAUGCAGGCUGAGGACAUCAACGGGGAAAUCUACGACGAGUACGACGAGGAGGACGAGGAUCCCGACGCAGAUUAUGGGAGUGACAGUGAAAACCAUAUCGCAGGACAAGCCGACUGAGGAGGGUCAAAGAUUGGCGUGACCUUAGGACUUAAAGAAGCCCUAGCUGGUUCAUCCUUACCAGUGGCCAAGCACAUUAACUUUCCCAUACACGGACUGUUACUUUAACUGUUAGUCUGAAAUAGUUGGGACAUCAGCUGACUAAUAGACCUCAGCCUCAAAAGGCUUGGAAAGGAAAAAAAAUGCAACAAGCAAACAAUAUCAACAACAAGAGAUUGAAAUAAGCUAUGGGUAAAAUAAUGCCAGUAAUUCAGCUGCUACAUCCAAGCACUGAAGUCUUACCCGUCAACUUUUUUUUUUUUUAAAUAAACUUUAUGGCUGUUUGUUCUACAAUGUUCUAGAAAUUCUCACUCAGGUACACAGUGCCAACAAGUGGCUUGUGAAUGUGUUUCGUUGUUUUGUGCUACAAUUUUUAAAAAGAAAUAAGUUUUGUUUGGGUUUUCUUUGGAGGGGGGG